UGCCAAUGGCUACAGCACACGGUGUGCUCCUCGUUUCUGUUUCUGGAGGUACCAAGCAUCACCAGGGCGGCAAUGGCGCCUCCCAUCUCAGCAUCACAAAGCACAAUCACCAUUCUGAAGAUUUUUCCAAAACCUCCUGCACCUGAUACCAGCAGCAAUAACUUCACUGUUGGGGCCAAAUUCGACAACAGGAGGGCACUUUUAUGUGGCUUGGUCGCUGCUGCUGCUGGCACCGUGCUGAGCCCUGACAUCGCCGGUGCUGCUUCGAAGAGGCGGCCUCCACCACCAGGGCCGGCAGAGGAGAAGAAAGACCCGAAUGUUAGCGGUGUGCAGGCUAAGGUGCUUGCCAGCAGGAAGAGGAAGGAGGCCAUGAAGGAAGCUGUGGCCAAGCUGAGGGAGAGAGGUAAGCCAGUCGAUAAGUGAAGGCCAGAUUGCCAGAACCAGUAGCCUCAUUAUGGCUCGAGAAAUGUAACUUACUGAUAAUAAUAUAAUUGUUACUCGUUUGAUGUGUACAGUUGAGAAUAAAAUACAACUAUCUUGCUUGGAUGCAUUUUGUUCCAA